AGUCACAUGGUCUGUUUUCCCCUCUCUCGUGACAGUUUCGAGCAACCAGGCGUGUCAUGCCGCCGUGUUGUUAUUGGGCAUCUUCCUGCACAGGCCCCAGCUCUCAGCUCGGCGCCGAUCACCGGCCCGGGACGGCAACAGCCAGCGCCAAGUGGACCUAAGGCGGACACAAAACGUGGACGUUUACACGCCGGAAGUGGGCUACUGUUUACCCAGGGACGGUCGCGGGCCAAGUGAGGAAGCGAGCAUGUCAAACGAGCGCACCCCCCUCGUCUCUUCAGGGGUGUGCGGUAUGACCAUGGCGGCGGCGGCGACAUGCGGCACCGUACCGGACACGCCCCCUGACGCCACGUCAGCGAUGCCGAGUAAAGAGCCCCGAAAGCUCAACACGUUUUUCGGCGUGAUGGUGCCGACCAUCCUCUCCAUGUUCAGCAUCGUGUUGUUUCUGAGAACGGGUUUUGUUGUUGGCCACGCCGGGCUCCUCCAAGGCCUUCUGAUGGUGAUGGUUGCCUACUUCAUCAUCGCGCUCACCAUCCUAUCCAUCUGCGCAAUUUCCACCAACGGGGCCAUACAGGGGGGCGGCGCCUACUACAUGAUCAGUCGAUCGCUGGGCCCUGAGUUCGGAGGCAGUAUUGGCUUGAUGUUCUUCUUAGCAAAAGUCUUUGCGUGUGGAGAAUACGUUCUUGGUUUGGUGGAGGCUAUUCUUGAUGUGUUUGGCGUGGAUGCCGAAACGUCCAUGUCCGAAGGCUUGCGCGUGCUCCCUCAAGGCUACUGGUACACUGUGCUCUACUCUUCGGCGGUCCUCCUGCUGUGUCUGCUGGUGUGUCUGGUGGGCGCCCACAUCUACUCCCGGAUGGCCUUCGGCAUCCUGCUGCUGGUCAGCGUAUCGCUGCUGUCCAUCUUCAUCAGCGCUUUGGCCGUUAAGCCUCUGGAUUUUGUCAUCAGUCACACGGGGCCUGACAAUCAGACGCGACGUUACAACGCUAGCUACACAAGCUUUAACGUGACAACGCUAAAGAACAACCUGGGCUCUGGUUACUCGUUGGACUACAGCACCAACUCGGUCAUGUCGUUCGCCACCGUGUUCGCCGUUAUGUUCACCAGCUGCACUGGAAUCAUGGCCGGAGCCAACAUGUCAGGAGACCUGGAAACUCCCAGUGUGUCCAUCCCUAAAGGAACCAUCGUGGCCGUCAUUUACACCUUCAUUGUCUACAUCCUUUUCUUCCUCUUGGUCAGUGCCACUUGUGACAGAACUCUUCUGAUUCAGGAUUAUGGUUUCCUCCAAAGAAUUAACAUCUGGCCACCUUUUGUGACUAUUGGGAUAUACUGUGGUGCUCUCUUUGCUGCAAUGUGCUCCAUGAUAGGAGCAUCCCGCAUUCUGCAUGCUCUUGCUGUGGACCAUCUCUUUGGUUUGCCAUUAGCACCUGCCACUAUCACCACCAGAUCGGGGAACCCGUGGAUGGCGGUGGUCUAUACGUGGGGGCUGGCCCAGUGUGUGGUGUUUGCAGGCCAGCUCAAUGCCGUUGCCAGCUUGGUGACGGUUUUUUACUUGCUUGCCUACGCAGCUGUUGACCUGGCCUGCUUGGCUCUCGAGUGGGCGUCGGCCCCAAAUUUCAGGCCAACCUUCCAGUUUUUCUCCUGGCACACGUGUCUGCUGGGGAUCCUGAGCUGUUUAGUCAUGAUGUUCGUCAUCAACCCCGUCUACUCAUCGGGCAGUAUCGUCCUCCUUUUGGUUCUGCUGCUUUUCCUCCAUUACCGCUCUCCCACCAGUAGCUGGGGCUACAUCAGCCAGGCUCUCAUCUUCCAUCAGGUGCGCAAGUAUCUACUGAUGCUGGAUGUGAGGAAGGACCACGUGAAGUUCUGGAGGCCCCAGGUGUUGUUGAUGGUCGCCAAUCCGCGUUCCUCCUGCCAGCUCAUCCUUUUUGUCAACCAGCUGAAAAAGGGAGGACUGUAUGUGCUGGGCCACGUGCAGCUUGGAGAUCUGGAUUCUCUGCCAUCAGACCCCGUGCAGCAGCAAUACAACUUCUGGCUGAGCUUAGUGGACAAGCUCGGGGUGAAGGCCUUUGUAGACCUGACUCUCUCGCCGUCCGUCAGACAAGGAACGCAGCAUCUUCUACGCAUCACAGGCCUCGGCGGCAUGAAGCCCAACACUCUGAUUUUGGGUUUCUAUGACAGCUGCACCCCCGAGGACUUCUUCCUCCAAGACGCCGCCUUUUGUGGCACAUCAGCAGGACAAGGCACAGACGGCGAAUAUAACUUUGGGGUUGACCUACCUUCACUCCAGGCCCAUUUCCCUCCCGUCCGACACGUGGAGAGCCCUCGCUGGCUCUCCCUAGAAGAGUACGUAGGGAUAAUUUCCGACGCCAUCAAAAUGAACAAGAACGUAUGCCUGGGCCGAUAUUUCUUCCACUUGGAGGGCGAAGGGAAGCAAAGCAAAGUGGACGGUUCGGAGCGGACCAUCGACGUGUGGCCUCUCAACCUGCUGCAGCCGGGCUGUCGCGAUUAUCAGGACGUGUGCAGCCUUUUUUUGUUGCAGAUGGCCUGCGUGCUCAACAUGUCCAACAAGUGGCGCCACGCCAGAAUGAGGAUCUUCCUCAACGUGGAGACCGAGUCGAGCGACCAGGGAUGGGUGGUAAACGAAGAGACCUUUCGAGAGUUGCUAAAGAAGCUUCGGAUCAGAGCGUCCAUCAAGAUCGUCCCGUGGGACUCGGUGGUGCAACACCACGCUCAGACGGGUACCGAGGAUGUCGAGGAACAGAGCCACAUCCUCUCUGACCACUUCCUGUCAGCGGUGAACUCUAUGUUGACGGAACACAGUUCUCAAGCUGCUGUCCGUUUCCUCUAUUUGCCGCGGCCGCCCGCUCAUCACAGCCAUUCCCAGACAUACUUGGCCCAGCUGGAAGCGGUGACCAGCGGUUUGGGUCCAACGCUCCUCAUCCAUGGCGUCACCCCGGUCACGUACACGGACCUUUAA